AUGGAAAUGUUGCAUUAUUUUUAUGUCUUGAUUUUUUUUCGCUUUUUUUUAAUCCGAAAUAUUUCAGUGCUGGCCAGUAUGAUGGCGUCCUCAGCGGAGGAGGACGACCAUCAUGCGGAUGACACACACAAAUCUGAUUUGUGGCAACAAACGCUUCAAGCAGCAGUUGCGGCAACUUCGCAGUCCGAAGCUGCGAAAAAACGACAACAGCAGCGUAAACCAAUGCGACAAACUAAUGUCGUUGAGAGAAGUGAACGUUCACUGUUGUGUCUCACUCUCUCCAAUCCUCUCAGGAAGGCUUGCAUAACAGUUGUUGAGUGGAGGCCUUUUGAGUGGCUAAUUCUGCUAAUGAUAUGUGCAAAUUGUAUUGCAUUAGCUGUUUACCAACCUUAUCCUGCUCAAGAUUCUGAUACUAAAAAUACUAUCUUGGAGCAAAUAGAGUAUCUGUUCAUAAUUGUAUUCACAAUAGAAUGCAUAUUAAAAGUUAUUGCAUUAGGAUUUUUAUUUCAUCCUGGCGCAUACCUCAGGAAUGCAUGGAAUAUUCUUGAUUUCAUCAUUGUUGUCAUCGGAUUAGUGAGUACGGCGUUGUCCAGGAUGAAUAUUCAGGGUUUUGAUGUUAAGGCUCUUAGGGCAUUUCGAGUCCUUCGUCCUUUACGUCUUGUUUCUGGAGUGCCUAGUUUACAAGUUGUGUUAAACGCAAUUCUUCGUGCUAUGAUUCCACUGCUUCAUAUCGCGUUGUUGGUAAUGUUUGUUAUAAUUAUCUACGCAAUAAUUGGUCUUGAGCUAUUCUGUGGCAAACUUCAUUCAACUUGCUUAGACCCUGCAACAGGACAAUUAGCACAGCAUACCCCUUCCACGUGUGGUUUCGCAUCCUCCGCUUUUCACUGCCAGCCAAAUGGUUAUUAUGAAGGAGUGAAUUGGAUCUGUACAUCAAAUACUUCAUGGCAAGGUCCCAAUAAUGGGAUAACAAAUUUUGAUAACUUUGGUCUCGCCAUGUUAACUGUCUUUCAAUGCGUCUCACUCGAAGGUUGGACAGAUGUAAUGUACUGGGUCAAUGAUGCAGUUGGACGGGAAUGGCCAUGGAUAUAUUUUGUAACCUUAGUUAUUUUGGGAUCAUUUUUUGUCUUGAACUUGGUCCUUGGUGUACUUUCUGGAGAAUUUUCUAAAGAAAGAGAAAAAGCUAGAGCUCGUGGUCUUUUCCAAAAAUUUCGAGAAAAACAGCAGCUUGAGGAAGAUUUGAAAGGUUAUUUGGACUGGAUUAAUCAAGCAGAAGAUAUCGAGCCUGUGAAUGAUGAUGAGCAAGAAGAUGAACAGCAGUUUAACGGGGAAGAGCUUGAUGAGGAAGUUGAUGAAAAAACGGAUGAUUCAAGACCUUCGUGGUGGAAGAAAAAACUUCGAAGAAUGCAAAAGCUUAAUCGUCGAUGUCGACGUGGUUGUCGAAGGUUAGUGAAAUCUCAAACAUUUUAUUGGCUUGUAAUUAUUCUCGUUUUACUCAAUACACUUGUGCUAACUACGGAACAUUACAAGCAAGAACCAUGGCUAGAUCAUUUUCAGACAGUUGCAAAUUUGUUUUUCGUUAUUCUGUUCUCGAUGGAAAUGAUCUUGAAAAUGUAUUCACUUGGUCUGACUACUUAUACCACAUCACAAUUCAACAGAUUUGAUUGCUUUGUUGUCAUAAGUUCUAUCAUCGAAUUUGUUCUUGUUCAUUUUGAUUUGAUGAAACCACUCGGUGUUUCUGUGCUGCGAUCAGCUCGACUUCUUAGAAUAUUUAAAGUUACGAAAUAUUGGACCUCUUUACGCAACCUUGUUUCAUCUCUGCUCAAUUCUCUUCGCUCCAUUAUGUCACUUCUGCUACUUCUAUUUCUGUUUAUUGUUAUUUUCGCUCUACUUGGAAUGCAGGUUUUCGGAGGCAAAUUCAAUUUCAAUCCAAUGAAUCCUAAGCCCCGAGCAAACUUUGACACUUUCAACCAAGCGCUAUUAACAGUGUUUCAGAUUUUAACUGGUGAAGACUGGAAUACAGUAAUGUAUAACGGUAUUGCAUCAUUUGGUGGAGUCGGCUCGUGGGGUGUACUCGUCUCUAUUUAUUAUAUUGUUUUAUUUAUUUGUGGUAAUUAUAUACUGCUCAAUGUUUUCCUUGCCAUUGCUGUUGAUAACUUAGCUGAUGCUGACAGUUUAACGAAUGCAGAAAAAGAGGAAGAACAAGCAGAAGUUGAAGAAGAAGUGGCAGAAGAGGACUACGAAGACGAAAAAUAUGAUGAAAAUGGUAAUGAAGAAGGAAGAGAUAAUAGCAGAAUAGUUAUGGAAGAAGACGAGGAAUGUGGAGAGAUUAUUACUGCACGACCACGUCGAAUGUCAGAAUUGAUUACUGCCAAACAACAGAAACCAAUUCCAAAGGCUUCAUCAUUAUUCAUUCUUUCUCACACAAAUCCUUUCCGGGUAUUUUGUAAUAAAAUUGUUAAUCACUCCUACUUCACAAAUAGUGUACUAAUAUGUAUUCUCGUGUCUAGUGCAAUGCUUGCGGCAGAAGAUCCUUUAGAAGCGCAAUCACCUCGGAAUACAAUUUUGAACUAUUUCGAUUACUUUUUCACUACUGUGUUCACCGUUGAAAUAACGCUGAAGGUGGUUGUUUAUGGACUGAUAUUUCACAAAGGUUCAUUUUGUCGUAAUGCAUUCAAUUUAUUGGAUAUCCUUGUUGUCGCCGUAUCUCUUGUGUCUUUCGUCCUCAAAUCCGAUGCUAUUUCUGUAGUUAAAAUUCUUCGAGUUCUUCGAGUGCUAAGGCCGUUGAGAGCAAUUAAUCGGGCCAAAGGUCUAAAGCAUGUUGUACAAUGUGUUAUUGUUGCGGUAAAAACAAUUGGUAACAUUAUGUUGGUUACAUUUAUGUUGCAAUUCAUGUUUGCUAUUAUUGGUGUACAGCUCUUUAAAGGUACAUUUUUCCGUUGUACCGAUGAAUCGAAGAUGACUGAGUACGAGUGCAGAGGUGAAUUUUUGGCAUAUGAAGAUGGUGAUCCACUAAAACCACAUCGAAUGAAACGUGAAUGGAUUAAGAAUGAUUUUAAUUUUGAUAAUGUCGGUGAUGCUAUGAUUUCCUUAUUUGUGGUUUCUACCUUUGAAGGUUGGCCUGAUUUGUUAUAUGUCGCCAUAAACUCUAACGAAGAAGACCAUGGCCCUGUAUAUAAUGCUCGUCAAGCAGUUGCUAUAUUCUUUAUUACAUUUAUUGUUGUUAUUGCAUUUUUCAUGAUGAAUAUUUUCGUUGGUUUCGUUAUUGUUACUUUCCAAAAUGAAGGUGAAAGAGAAUAUGAAAAUUGUGAACUGGAUAAAAAUCAACGCAAAUGCAUAGAAUUUGCAUUGAAAGCAAAACCACAUCGACGAUAUAUACCUCGCAAUCGCUUUCAGUAUCGUGUUUGGUGGUUCGUAACGUCACAGUUUUUUGAAUACAUCAUAUUCAUUAUUAUUUUGCUAAAUACCACAACUUUGGCGAUGAAACACUAUCCUCCAGAUCCUGGCAUGGACAAUGUACUAGAUGUGCUCAAUCUCAUUUUCACUGGAGUUUUUGCUCUUGAAGCAUUUUUUAUUUUCAGGUGGAACGCUUUCGAUUUUGUUAUCGUAUUAGGCUCUUUCAUUGAUAUUAUUUAUGGGAAGCUUUCACCGGGCUCAAAUAUUAUAAGCAUUAAUUUUUUUCGCCUUUUUCGUGUUAUGAGAUUGGUGAAGUUGCUAAGCAGAGGAGAAGGAAUUCGCACCUUGCUAUGGACUUUUAUGAAAAGUUUUCAGGCCCUACCAUAUGUUGCCCUAUUAAUUGUUUUAUUAUUUUUUAUCUAUGCUGUUAUUGGGAUGCAGGUAUUUGGAAAAGUAGCUUUAAACGAUGAAACUCAUAUUCAUCGUAACAACAAUUUUCACACUUUUCCAGCUGCUGUGCUCGUCCUUUUUCGAUCUGCAACUGGUGAAGCUUGGCAAGAAAUUAUGCUUUCUUGUUCGGAUAGAGAUGAGGUUAAAUGUGAUCCAGCCAGUGAUGAUUACAAGCAAAAUCCAGAUGCGAAAUGUGGAGUCGAUUUUGCUUAUCCAUAUUUCAUCUCAUUCUUUAUGCUUUGUUCUUUUUUGGUCAUUAAUUUGUUUGUGGCGGUUAUCAUGGACAAUUUUGACUACUUGACUCGAGAUUGGAGUAUUCUUGGUCCGCAUCAUCUUGAGGAAUUUGUGCGCUUGUGGUCAGAAUAUGAUCCUGAUGCCAAAGGGCGUAUAAAACAUUUAGAUGUUGUGACAUUACUGCGCAAAAUUUCUCCUCCAUUAGGCUUUGGCAAGUUAUGUCCACAUCGGCUGGCUUGCAAGCGCUUGGUUUCGAUGAAUAUGCCUCUGAAUUCGGAUGGUACAGUUUGUUUUAAUGCAACACUGUUUGCAUUGGUACGAACAAACUUGAAAAUUUACACAGAAGGUAACAUUGAUGAAGUUAAUGAACAGUUGCGGUCAGCUAUUCGUCGAAUUUGGAAGCGUACACCACAAAAAAUGCUUGAUGAAGUGGUUCCUCCUGCAGGAAGAGAUGAUGAUGUUACGGUUGGAAAAUUUUAUGCAACAUUUUUAAUUCAGGAUUAUUUCCGAAGAUUCAAAAAAAGAAAAGAACUGGAAUCGAAAGGAAUCGUUCCACAGCAAACUUCGCAGGCUAUGGCUUUACAAGCAGGACUAAGAACGUUACACGAAAUUGGACCAGAACUUAAACGAGCUAUUUCUGGCAAUCUUGAAACCGAUUUUGCCUUAGAUAUUGAGGAACCGCAACAUAGACGUCCACAUUCACUUUUCAAUAACAUUAUUUCUGCUCUUGGCGGUUCUACUCGAGCCAAUCAAAUAUAUCGUGAAGAUCGAGCAUCUCGAUUGUUGCCAAUGAUUGGUAAUCAUCAGCAAAUAUCACCAACACAUUCAUUGCAUGGUAACGAUGUGAUGUCACUCACAGCUCACAGCGGUAUAUCAGCCAACUGUUCCUUCACAAUCUCGCCAUCCGCACGCUCCAAUGGUGGUGUAUUACAGCGACGGUUGCCCAAACUACCUCCAUUAAAUACUUCUUUCGGUGGAAAGUUAUUAGGAAACGAUUCUCUACAAAUGACACGGCUUCCUAUUAAUACCCAACAUCUCUACUUAUCAGCAAACAGAAACAUGCCAGUGGAAACGGAAGAAUGGUAUGAGAGAAGAGAUCCGAGCAGACUUCGGAAUGACGAGACAUGGAUGAGAGACGCCAUAUCUGAAAAAGGUUUAAAGAAAUCUUUCUCACUGGCCAGAAAUCAAGCAAUGGUUAUCGCUGGUUUGCCACCCGAUAUAAGUGAAGCUUUUGAAGGCACUUACAGACCAGCUCCGGAUGGAAAAUCAGUACGAUUACCAUUUUCAACUAGGACGGCGUUGAGGGCAGCAGAUGGUAACGGAGAAAGUUUGACAGAACGACUUGUUGGGGAAGCUCUUGCCCUUGGUAGGUAUAUGGAUGAACGUGUUGUUGAAGCAGCUCGACGUGAAAUUGCUGAAGCAUAUUCACUAGAAGAAUCUGAGCUUGAAAGUGCUGCAGCAACUUUAGCAGAUGCACGUUACAUGGAGCAUUUGGGUAUGGAACGCUCUGAAGUACGAGAUUUUAAUAGAUAUUCGGCACGGGCACUUUUGCGACCCGCACCAUCACAGGAAGCUCCUGAUGACGAUCUCCUCGUUACAACUUUAUAG